AUGAUCGUCUGUCAGAAAAAUGACCCAUGCAGCACAAAGAAGACAGGAGGCAGCAAGGUCAGCCAGGAGGCUGCUGCACUCAAGUCAGACUACGAUAAGAGCUUGGACCAACAUAUCAGCAAUUUGGAUGGAGAGUUAAGGAUUGGUUUCAGUGGUGUUAUGAAGCUCGUCUCCAGAAAACCCCCAACUCUAAUAGCAGAAUCAGAAGAUGCUCAGUUUGGGAUGUUGACUUUGCAUCAUCCUUCACUCUCGCAGGUAGCUCAUGACGUCACCCAGACCGUGUCUAACAACACGAAGAAUAUCAGCUCCAUUUAUCUACUGGGCUGCGCUGCCCAGGUAUUCCUCGUAUUUUUAUUUGCUGGAACAGAGAUGGCCCUGCUAAUGGUGAUGUCCCAUGACAGAUAUGUCGCCAUCUGCCACCCCCUGCACUAUGAGAUCAUCAUGCCUCAGAGGGUCUGUAUACACAUGAUGGCUGCCUCUUGGUUCAACAGCUAUUUGAAUGCCAUCACGUACACAGCAAGCACCUUCUCUCUAUCAUUCUGUGGCCCCAACACUGUCCACCAGUUUUUCUGCGAUGGUGCCCAGUUGCUAAGACUUGCAUGUUCCAUUGACCUUGGCACGGAAGAUGUGAGCUUAGCCAUCAGCAUGUGCUUUUUCUUCUGCUUCGUGCUCAUCGUGGGAUCCUACGUCUGCAUCUUCUCAGCUGAGCUGAGGAUGCUUUCGGCAGAGGACAGCUCCAAGGCCUUCUCCACCUGCCUACCCCACAUAGUCGUCAUCACUCUGUUUCUCACGUCUGGCUUCUCUGCCUACCUAAAGCUAAUAUCAGACUCUCCCUCUUCACUGAACCAGCUGGUGUCUGUGUUUUAUGCUGCGGUACUCCCUACCCUUAAUUGCCUCAACUAG